CACUAAUUGACGCCGACGCCGCCAUUAUUGUGAAACAUUUUUAAAUUGAAUUUCACGUGCAUUCAACAUCUGUUUUGUAGUAAAACGCGUGAAUUUACUUCAAACAAAUAAACACAAUGGCUGAUAACGACGAUCUUCUGGACUACGAAGACGAGGAGCAAGCGGACCAACAAACCGCCGACGGAGCGGCAGAUGCGGCGCCAAAAAAAGAGGUUAAAGGAUCGUAUGUUUCAAUUCACAGCUCUGGUUUCAGAGAUUUCUUGUUGAAACCAGAGAUUUUGAGGGCUAUCGUCGAUUGCGGUUUCGAGCACCCUUCAGAAGUUCAACAUGAAUGUAUUCCCCAAGCUGUUUUGGGAAUGGAUAUUCUUUGUCAAGCUAAAUCCGGAAUGGGAAAAACCGCCGUAUUUGUUUUAGCAACACUGCAACAGCUAGAACCUUCAGAAAACCAUGUUUACGUAUUAGUAAUGUGCCAUACAAGGGAACUCGCUUUCCAAAUAAGCAAGGAAUAUGAGAGGUUCUCUAAAUAUAUGGCUGGUGUUAGAGUAUCUGUAUUCUUUGGUGGGAUGCCAAUUCAGAAAGAUGAAGAAGUAUUGAAGACAGCCUGCCCGCACAUCGUUGUUGGUACUCCUGGCAGAAUAUUAGCAUUGGUUAACAACAAGAAACUGAAUUUAAAACACCUGAAACACUUCAUCCUGGAUGAAUGUGACAAAAUGCUUGAAUCUCUAGACAUGAGACGUGACGUGCAGGAAAUAUUCAGGAACACCCCUCAUGGUAAGCAGGUCAUGAUGUUUUCUGCAACAUUGAGUAAGGAAAUAAGACCAGUGUGCAAGAAAUUUAUGCAAGAUCCUAUGGAAGUUUAUGUGGAUGAUGAAGCUAAACUUACAUUGCACGGUUUGCAGCAACAUUAUGUUAAACUCAAGGAAAAUGAAAAGAAUAAGAAGUUAUUUGAACUUUUGGAUGUACUGGAGUUCAACCAAGUUGUCAUAUUUGUAAAGUCAGUGCAGCGCUGCAUAGCUCUCGCACAGCUGCUGACAGACCAAAACUUCCCAGCUAUUGGUAUACACCGAAAUAUGACUCAAGAUGAGCGUCUCUCCCGCUAUCAGCAGUUCAAAGAUUUCCAGAAGAGGAUCCUUGUUGCGACAAAUCUUUUUGGACGGGGUAUGGACAUUGAAAGAGUCAACAUAGUCUUCAAUUAUGACAUGCCGGAAGAUUCUGACACCUACUUGCAUCGAGUAGCCCGAGCAGGAAGAUUUGGUACCAAGGGGUUAGCAAUUACAAUGGUAUCUGAUGAGAAUGACGCCAAGAUCUUGAAUGAAGUCCAGGAUCGUUUCGAUGUUAACAUCACGGAGCUUCCUGAAGAGAUAGAACUCUCAACUUAUAUAGAAGGUCGAUAAAUUGUAGAAUAAGAUUCAUUCCCUUUUGUAACAAUUAUUAUAAUUGAUUAUAACUACAUCCAAAAACAAUAUUGUUACUUUUUAUAAUCUAAGUUUGUUAACAUAAAUUAAGAUUGACAAUGUGAUCAUUUAUUUUCUUUAAGUUAGUUCUGGU